CUUUAUCACCGGACGGUGACCGCCUGCAGCGCCAUGCUCACCAGCUUGCUGUCGGAGGCUCCCAAUUUGGAUUCCCUGCAGGAGAUCUUGAUGCACACAAAUAUCUGGAUUGAAUCUCCCAAGAUUCACGAGAGAGAGAGGGCCAUUAAAAGCACCCGGUACCUCCUGAAGUUUGUUUCUGAACAGACAGAUUUCGACACCACAGCUGACUUUUAUCUGCUGGGGCAGCUGGUGGCGUUGCUGGGCCUGCACAUUGGCGACAGUGUCAAAGAAAUUGGCCAGACCUCUGCGGAGGCCGCCUACCACCUCCACUGCAUCAUCCUGAACAAAAUGGCUCAAGAGAUGGAGAAGAAGAACAAAAACAGGAAGGGGCAUAAUGUGAGAUGGGCCAAAGAAGAUCUCCAAAGUUUGGGCCCUGGGAUCUUCUAUAACGACAUCUCCAAAAUGGCUAAGGCCUUUGGUGAGCAUCUCUCCCCCAUAAACAUCACAGACCUGAUGCUGAGAAUAAUUGAGGCUCUCACACAUGAGGAGAAGACCAUUUGCCAGGCUGCUGGAGUACUACUCCUCUCCUUCCUGGAGGAAUGUUAUCGUAAGAAAACUGGAGUCCUCAUGUCCUUGAGGUUCUUACUGAUCGCAGUCCAGGGAGUACUCCAGCAGGUGGUCCACCACCUGGUUUACCUGUUUUGA